AUGACGAAGAUCCCAACACGUUUAGAAAAACAUAUUCAGGAUUGUAAUAAACUUAACAAUUGUAAAAUUCGGUUACCAUCCGAAGAUUCAAUGUUUCUGAAAUUUAAGAAUUUUAGUAAUAAAGUAGAAAUUCCUUUUGUAAUUUAUGCAGAUUUAGAGUGUCUACUGAUACCAAUUAAUGAUAAAAACAAGUAUCAAGAACAUAUUCCCAGUAAUAGUUAUCGUGGGAAGGAUUGCAUAAAGUGGUUUAUUAAUGAAUUGAAACAAAUUGCUGAAUAUCUACAGUCGAUUUUCCUUUCCCCUGUUCCAUUGACUGAGUUAACUAUGGAAGAAACCAGUAAUUUUAAAAAUGCUUGCAAAUGUCACAUAUGCGAAAAAUUGUUUUCCAUGAACGAUAUUAAAGUGCAAGAUCACUGUCAUCUUACAGUUAUUUUUCACAAUCUUAGCGGCUACGAUUCCCAUUUCAUCAUUGAGAAUUUAGCUUCUGGGUUAAGAGGUCGCAUUGAUCUAUUGCCUAUAAAUAAAGAGCGAUAUAUUUCAUUCACGAAACAUUUGGAAGGAUACUUAAUUAAGUUCCAAACAGCAAUCCCUGAUUUUCCCCAGUUUUAUAACAAAUUAAAUGACGAAAGUGUAAGUCACAAAGAUUACGUGCACACCUCUAGAAUUUGGGAGGAAUUUUCAAUAAAAAAUCUUGGCGAAUACUCUGAUUUGUAUCUAAAAAUUGAUGUUCUUCUUCUGGCGGAUGUUUUUGAAGAAUUUCGUUCAAAUUGUUAUAAUACAUACGGUCUUGACCCAGCUCACUACUUCACACUUCCUGGUUAUACCUGGGAUGCAAUGCUCAAAUGCACUGAUGUUACUUUAGAAUUAUUGACUGAUGUAGAUAUGUUAAUGUUUUUUGAACGCGGCAUUAGAGGAGGACUUAGUCAAUGUUCGAAACGUUAUUCGAAGGCAAACAAUAAAUAUAUGUGCAAUUACGAUUCAACUAAGCCGUCUAAAUUCUUGAUUUAUAAUGAUAUUAAUAAUCAAUAUGGGUGGGCAAUGUGCCAAUUUCUACCACAAAAUAGUUUUGAGUGGCUGGAAAAUACGGCAGAUUUUAAAGUAGAAGAUGUGUCUGAUGAGUCACCUAUUGGUUAUAUCCUUGAAGUAGAUCUGGAAUAUCCGAAAGAAUUACAUAAUCUACACAAUCAACUCCCCUUCUGUUCAGAACGCAGUGUACCGCCUGGAUCAAAAGAAGAAAAAUUGUUGGCUACUUUAAAAGAUAAAGUUAAAUAUAUCAUCCAUUACCGAAACUUGAAGCAAGCAAUGGAGCAUGGUUUAAAUCUUACUAAAAUUCACAGAGUUCUCAGUUUUAGGCAGUCUCCUUGGCUCAAACCGUACAUUGAACUCAACACACGACUUCGAACUUUAUCAAAAAAUGACUUUGAAAAACAUUUGUUUAAACUGAUGAACAAUGCUGUGUUUGGCAAAACAAUGGAAAACGUUCGUAAACAUAGCAUUGUGAAACUAGUAACACAAUGGUCAGGUCGGUAUGGAGCAGAAUCGCUAAUUGCAAAGCCAGAAUUUAAAGCGUCAACUGUUUUUAAUGAGAAUCUUGUAGCCAUUGAACUGAAUAAAUCUGAAAUUUACUUCAAUAAACCGAUAUAUGUAGGUAUGUGUAUUUUGGAUUUGGCAAAAACCACUAUAUAUGAUUUCCACUAUAAUUAUAUGAUUCCUGAAUUUGGUUUCAACUGUUCAUUGUGUUAUACGGAUACAGAUUCCCUUAUAUAUGAAAUAGAAUGUUACGAUUUCUACGAAGUAAUUAAACGUGAUUGUCGCAAUCGCUUUGAUACUAGUGAUUAUCCUUCUAAUAACAUUUUUGGAAUACCCCUCGUAAACAAAAAAGUAUUAGGCCUUAUGAAAGAUGAGAAUAAUGGGAAAAUUAUGACCGAAUUCGUUGGUUUACGCUCAAAAAUGUAUGCAAUUCGCGUGGCUGGUGAAGAUAAAAUGAAAAAAUCUAAAGGUGUUAAAAGUCAAAUUGUAAAAAAUAGAUUAUCAUUCGAUGAUUUUGUAGACUGUUUAAAAAAUAACACUCGAAAAGAAGUAAAGCAAAAUCUCAUACAAUCUCAGAAACAUAAGGUGAGUUCAGUAAGACAACUCAAAAUUGCCCUGAGCGCUAAUGAUGAUAAGAGGUACAUAAUAAAAGAUACUUUCGAAACUCUUGCAUGGGGUCAUCAUAGUAUUAUGGAUGUAGAUAUAAGUGAUAACGUAGCAAAUAAGGAAAUAUUGUAA